AUGUCGGACGACGCUGAGAAGAACGAGGCUCCCCCAGAACAGCAGCAGCAAGGGAAGGAGGAGGAGAAGCAGGAGCAGGGGAAGCCUGAGGAUCAUGCCCAGGAGGAGGAGGAGGAGGGGAAGCCUGAGGAGCAGCCCAAGCCGCAGUCCCCACCUAAGAGCCCCAAAGGCCCAGAGACCCCCGCAUCGCCUGUGAUGGUGACGGUGACCAUUGAGGAGGAGACGGUGGGGGAGCCGCAGGAGAAUGGGGACCCCCCGGGGAUUAGGGGUGGCUCAGCUGAGGAGAUAGGGACCACCCCGGCCCCACCCACUAGCCCCCCAGCCCGCUCCAAGUCGGCGUCGUUGAAUGACCUGAAGCCUCAGAACAGCAUCAAUGGCGGCCCAAGGGCUGUCGUGAGGGGCAGUUUGUCCGGGUCUCAGGUGCACUUAGCGGGAUCCGCGGGGUCUCCGCGUGCCAGCCUGAGCCGGCAGGCCUCUGCAACAGGAUCGGCAGCUGGUGAAGCUGGGGAGAAACCCAGAGACUACAUAUUCAUUGCUGCCCUCUCCUGUUUCUGCCCAAUCUGGCCUAUCAACAUCGUCGCCUUUGUGUAUUCUGUCAUGGUAAGUGCAAAGGGAGUGGCGCCUCUCUCUCUCUCUCUCUGUGUGUGUGUGUGUAUUUGGUUUGUGUGUCCUGGAACAAGUAGGAGAGGCACCUGCUGCUUUGAUACCCCCACCAGCACCAAGGCUGUCCCCACAAUAGCGCUUCCUUGUCACUGUUCUCUUUCGUUUGCCCCUUGAGGUUGUGGGUCAAUCUCCUCCUCAGCCAAGGAGCAAGGCUACUAACUUGGAAGUGGCUCACUCUGCUGCUUAAAAUCUCAGACUGGAGCACCUCCUCACAGGUAAAUCUAUCCACACAAGAAGACAGGCUGGGACACCUCUCAAAGAGUCGACCAACCUACUAGAAAGUUUCCUUCAGGUUUCCUAUUUGGUAAAACCCGCUAAAUGGAACAAAAUAGGUUUGGCGGCUCAUGCCAGCUGACCAUUCACAAUCCACCCAAAUCCAUUUUGGGCACACACUACCACCCUACAAGCCUCUCACUGCGCAAUCCUUUCCGUGCCUUCUCAAAAGUAAGUUCCGUUGAGCUGCACGAGGUUUACUUCCAGGUGGGCAUAGGAUCACAGGCUUAAAUUCUGUUUUCUUGUGUCUCGUUCUUCCGUUAGGAAGCUCAGAGAUUGCUUCUAUCCAAGCAGCAGCCAAGAAGGAUCUCAACUUCUUGGCUUCUUGCCAUAGCAUUAGGUCCUCUCCCAAACCACAUGCACUGAUGCAGCUGCCUCGUGACAGGUCAGGCCGUGAGUCCCCCUGGCUGCUGUCCCCUUGAACUGGCAGCGGAUUGACAGGCUCUUUGGCAAAGGUCCUCCCCUCAUCUGCUGCCAGAGAUGCCUUUUGUUGAAGGUGCUGAGGACCCAGCCUGGGACAGCACAGCAAGACUCUCACCCCACAGCCCUGGCUUUUCCCCAGCAGCCAGCCAGGUGAGGCAGUGGGCGGGGGCCCCAGGGGUUCAGAAGGGCCCCUCACCAGCCUGACCCAGCUCUGCUGCCAUUCACCUCUAAGCGGACGCCCUGGAUGGCUGUUUUAGUGGUAUCGUCUGUGGUGACUGCCUGCUUUCUUGAUGAAUAUGGUGGCCCCAGCCUAUAGAUCUAUGAAAUCUACAGCAGAAGGCAGGGGCUGCUGCUGCUGCUGCCAUAGCAGCUGAAACAGAAGCACACGCUGCCUUGGGUGGGUGUUGGUGGCACCUUGCUGAGGGCCGCCUGAGAGUGGGCCCAUUUUCUUCUGACAAUGCACGCAAGUGUAGAGUUUUCUCUUUCAAUUCUCCCUGUUCUUCCUUUAACCGAAAGGCUGUAUGUCAGGACAAUCACCAAACCCUUGCUCCUUUUUUUCUUUUCUUUUUUAAUUCCUUGCCAGUCCCGGAACAGCUUCCAGCAAGGAGACAUUGACGGCGCCCGGCGCCUGGGACGGGUAGCAAAGCUGCUGAGCAUUGUCGCGUUGGUCGGGGGGGUGCUCAUCAUCGUGGCAUCUUGCGCCAUCAACUUCGGAGGUGAGUAUCCCGAGGACCAGGGGGUGGCGAGGACUCUUGUCCAAACAUUUUGCCCUUUAAGCUCUAACCCCCUUGCCGAGUCUUCUGCUGCAGUACAAAGAAACCAGCAGAAUGGGAUUCCAGGGAUUUUUGGGUUUUUGGAAACAUUUGUGAUCAGUUUGGCCAGAGAAGGGCUUAGCAAAGCAUUAUGGGACGUAGAGAGCCUAGGGAUGGAAACACGAAUGGUGGUUCAUUUGCACACAUGCCACCUGACAGCGUAUUUUGGCUGGAUCCUGAUUGCCCGAGUGCUUUUGAGGGGGACCUGUGGGACACCAUCAGGUCAGAGGAGAAUAUAUUAUUCUUAGAAUCCUUAAUAUUGCCGUUUAAAAAGUCAGCAUCUGCCACGGCACUCGGCGCUUAGUCACAGAAGUAUUGUUUUAAACCAAUUUUACUUUAUAGUCAAGGGGUGUAUAAAUUUUAUGAAAUAAAUAAACAGAUGGAGCAAUUUCUAGUCAAGAAUAUAUGUUUGUAUCAGAUUGUGACCUCUCUCUGAGCCAGUGGAAUAGAGGGGGCUGCUUAAAGCAAGGGGAAGCGGCUCCAAACUGGCUAUCUUUGUAAGAGUUGCCCUUCUUAAGAGAAAGGCUUGUCAGUGGAGAGAUAAUAUACAUAUAAAAUGCAGGCGCUAAGUUAAUUCUGUAGCCAAACUGGGGCUACUGAGAGAAAAAGGGGGAGGAAUCAGCAAGUUUGUGGAAUUUUGCAGGAGAUGAUGUUGGGGGUGGGGGGGAAGAAUAACAGAAAACUCCAUUAAGCCCCCAACCUGAAGGAGCCCAGGAAGGGCUAAGCAUGCUCAGAAAUCAUGAAAUGCUGAGUGUCUGUUUAGGGAAGCUUUUAAUGUUUAACAGACUAUUGUGUUUUAAUAUUUGUUGGAAGCUGCCUAGAUGGGCGUGGUAUAAAUAAUAAAUUAUUAUUAUUAUCUGUUGGGAAGGAAAGACAAGGGUGGACGUGGGAUGGAGGAAGCAUGGCUGGCUGGAACACUGAAUAUAGGGAGCACUCCACGCCACAACAUUUUGUUGCCAAAACUCAAGAAGAGUGUGAAAGGUGGGGUUUUUUUGGGGGGGGGGUUAGAAACCAAAUCAAAGAAAGGGAUUGCCUCUCCUACCCCUUUCAUAUCCUGCUGUGUACACUUACAAAAGUAUUUUGAGAGUUCAGGACAGCAGUCAGGAUCACUGUUACCUGAGGAGUGAGGCGAGUUCCAUGCCUUCCCUUCUCAAAAGAAAAGAGCUUUUCUUUUCCUCAUAAAGUUGUCCCCCAACACCUCCAUUUUCUUCCUAACCCUCUGGGGAAAAUGGCAGCUUCUUGAAAUGAUCAGUUUUAUCCCUUUUGCUGUAUGCUCUGCUUUUCAUGUCCUCCCUUCAGAGCAACCCCCCUCCCUGAGCACAGCUAUUGCUACUUUUUUCCCAAAAUUAUUACACAUUAUCCCAGAUAUGGGGAACCUGUGGUCCUCCAGAUGUUUUCUCCAGAUGUUACAACUCCCACUAAGCCUGACCUUUGACCCAGGCUGAUGGAAAUGGGAAUCCCAAAAACAUUUGGAUGGCUGCAGCCUCCCCUCCCAUUACACAGUGCUUUUCGUAAGGUUAUGUUGGCCUUGGCCUUCAGCCACAACCUUGGCCCUAAUUCUACGCAGCAGGCCAUCUUCAUAACUACCAAUGUCUCCUCAGAACCCUUUCCCAUCCUAACUUCCCUGCUUCCUGCUGCCAGCAUACCUAAAGCAGCCAAAAACAAAAAAGGAGAAAAUAAAUGCAUUCAUCAGACCUUCCCCUGACGUUGCCUCCUUAGCCUCCAUGUUGCUUUCCCAAUGACCUGUUCCCACAUGCUCCAGAUUCUAGUGGAAGCCAGGUGUGGGGAGGUUGAAUUGGGGCAUGUGUGAAAAUGUUUUCCCCUUCAUGUUUCUUUCCAGGUAGUAAAAAUCUCCUUCUUCUGUUCUCCUUCCCUGUGUUCUUAUUCCGCUCCCCCAACCCCAACCCGCCUUGUCCCUGAAUCCCUCUCCUUCCCCACCCGAACCCCUCAGUGUUCCAGUGA